AUGAGGUUCGAGAUUCUGCCCGGGAUCAGCGUCAUGGCCACGUGCUUGAUCAUCCCCAGUAACGCCACUGCACACAUCCAUAGGUUCACUAAUGGGGGCAAAGAAAAGAGGGUUGUCCAUUAUUCAUAUCACUGGAGUUUGAUGGAAAGAAGGUGUGUCUCUGGACUUAAUUGUUACUACGGGUCAAAGUGUUUGGAGACUAUCGAUUAA